AUGCCAAAUCCAAUCGGCAAGCAGGGAUUAAUUGCCCCCACCAAAAACGGCGUCCACAAAGCGAAAUAUUCGAGAUCCGACUACAACGGCGAAUUCUUACGAAAUUCAAGAUAUCUAACCACAACCACAAGAUACAUCGCAAUCAUGGCGCCUGUAUCACUGUCAGAUAUUAUUUCGGCACUGCCGUCAGAGGACUCCUGGGGGCCAUCAACGUCCACCGAGACCACGUUAAAUGGCGUGCCCUACGCCCCAUACUCGAAAGGCGACAAAUUAGGUCGCAUGGCCGACUGGACGACGGAGGGCAAGGAUGGAAGGGAUGGCAGAGGUGGACGACAACAAUAUAAUCGGAAUUACAGAGAUCAACAAGUUUACGGCGCUGGCACAUCCUCCCUUUUCGCGGUUCAGCUUGCUGAAGACGAGUCCUCUUUCUCCGUUGUUAGCAAUACCCGAGAGUCAACCAAGACGCGAUUUGGUCGUGGUGCCUUUGGUCGGGGCCGGGGACAACGUGGGCGCGCGGACACCAGAGGCGGUCGAGGACAGUUCCAAAGGGUCGGUGGACGAGGUGGACAACAGGGCUAUAACAACUAUGAUAGCCGGGGAGGCCGUGGUGGUGCGCGUGGUGGAAGACGAUUCGGAUGGAAGGACUAUGACAAGCCCCAGCGCAACCGCGAUGCGUCUGUUAACAUCAAGCCGGAUUGGAAGCUGCUGGAGGAGAUUGACUUCAACCGCCUGGCCAAGUUGAACCUGGAUACCGGCGAUGGAGAGGAUGUCGAGGGCUACGGUUUCCUUUACUACUACGAUCGUUCGUACGACAAGCAGUCUGUCAAGGCUGCUGAGCGCAAGUUAAAUGUCGUUGAUCGGGCGGCAUACAAUGUCACCACCACCUCGGAUCCCGUUAUUCAAGAGCUCGCAGAGAAGGAUGAGGCCACUAUAUUUGCCACAGACAACAUUCUUUCUAUGCUCAUGUGCUCACCUCGCUCAGUCUAUCCUUGGGAUAUUGUCAUCAUUCGACAAGGCAACAAAAUCUUCCUUGACAAGCGAGACAAUGCUACCCUGGAUAUGGUCACUGUCAAUGAGAACGCAGCCGACGCACCAAUGGAUGCAUCCGAAGGAAGCAAAGACGCGAUCAACCAACCUGGAGCAUUAGCUGAAGAGGCGACAUAUAUCAAUCACAACUUCGCCAAUCAAGUCAUGUUGGAGAAUGAAAACCAAAAAGUCGAGAUGGCUCACGAAAAUCCGUUCUACAACCCCGCUGAGGAGACCGAGCCACCAGCAAGCAAGGCUUACAAAUACCGCCGUUUCGACCUUGCCCUUAACGAUGAGGAGCCCCUGAACCUGAUUGUCCGAACGGAGCUUGAUGCUGUGCAAAAGAAUGCCAUCAGCGGUGACGACCAAUAUAUCACCGUCAAGGCUUUGAACGAAUUCGACCACAAGGCUCAAGGCAGUGGUGGAGCUCUGGACUGGAGAGCGAAGUUGGUCAGCCAACGUGGUGCAGUUGUGGCCACCGAGAUGAAGAACAACAGCUUGAAGCUUGCAAGAUGGACAGUUCAAAGUAUCAUGGCUCGCGCCGAUGUGAUGAAGCUUGGAUUCGUCUCUCGCGCAAACCCCAAGACCAACGACAAGCACGUCGUCCUCGGUGUUAUUGGCUGGAAGCCAAAGGAUUUCGCCCAGCAAAUGAACUUGAGUCUCUCCAAUGGAUGGGGUAUUGUCCGCACUAUUGCAGAUAUGUGUCUCAAGCGUGAGGAGGGCAAGUAUGUCUUGGUGAAGGACCCAAAUAAGCAAAUCUUGAGACUUUAUGAGGUCCCUGUUGAGAGCUUCGAGGAUGAGGGCGAGGGCGAGGCUAUUGAAGAGGCUGAGGAGGCUGAGGAAUAG